UAGAAGGGAGGUGUGGUAACGGUUAGGAGUCUCAUCCAACCACGAGAGGAGCUAGUAGCGUUCGCCAGGCAGUAUGAGGCGGCGUGGGGCUAGGGACGAUGCAUGGGCUGCGACUAGGAGGCACUUGGGAGGUAGGGAGGGCAUGCGAGCGGAGCACAGUUCAGUAGUCGCCAUUGCAAGUCCCCCCGUGCUCUCGUAUUCGUGACACUCGGACGCGUGGAGCCGAUUUUCCGCUAACCUAAUCUCCCCGCGAGGGCCCUAAGUGUGCCCCCCCGAUGCAGAGAUAUUGCACCGAGCUCACCGAAAGAUUGUUGAAAUCUCUUGAUAAGGAAUACAAUGUCAUCGACAUGGGAGCUGUUGUGGAUGUCAUUACGGCCCUGGAAAAGACGGCGAUCACUAAGGAAGUGCUUGAGAUUACAAGGCUUGGAAAAUAUAUCAAUGAACUCCGACGAAAAACAAACAAUGAUGCCCUGGCUAAGCGUGCAAAGGAUUUGGUACGCCGUUGGCGUGAUAUGGUUUUACCUGCUCAUUCUACUCCACAGCCUACACCAGCAGAUACAGCACCACCUGCUCUUAAUGGAGCGAAACCACAUAGCCCUGCACUAAGAUGUUUCAAACCACAAAGUCCAGCAUUAAGAGGUGUAAUACCACCUCAAAGUCCAUUGUUAAGGGAUACCACCCCACUCAGAGUGCUUAGUCCAGUUCUAUCUGUGCAUAGUGAUCAUUCACAUUCUCCUAAUGCAUCAUCAAAUAAGCAGUCAAUUACAGUAACCAGUAACCACAGAACAAGUUCUGAUGUGCCACCGACACUUGGUUCUUCGAGCCAACACCAUUCAAUGGAAGCAGUGCCACGAACUCACAGUUCAAAUAAACGUCUUCGAAAAGAUGAUUUCAAGGACCAACAAAAUUAUCAGCAUCAUGAUUCAGACUCAAUUACCGAAAGUGAACCCUUUGUUAAAAAACAACGUCUAAAUGGCGAAAAUAUAAGUGGUAAUUUAAAUAUGCAAGUGCCUAGCCCCACAAUAAAAGAAAGAAUCUCUGAUCAGUUUACGGAGUCUUCCACCGAUCCUGACGAUUCAGGGCCAAAGAAACGUGGUAGAAAGAAAGGCAGUAAAUCUAUGAAGAAACAACCUGUUUUAGAAGAUCGUGUAAAGGAAAAACUAGCUAGUAUCUCAAGGAAUCCUAAAUUAAAGACAACUCAAGAAUUGCUGGCUGAUCUACGGGCACGCGGCACCAAUUCUAGCAUUAAUUCAAGUGCUCAACCUAGUCAAAGUGUAGAAUCAUCCAGCAUGGAAGAUAUUCUGAGAAGUAGCAACGAACAAGUAUCAAAGUUCCUUCGUUGUCCUCAGAACAAUUUGUCCCAUAGAAAUACAGUUUCUGAAGCCUUGCCAGAAAGCCGGUUAAAGCCCACAGAAAACUGUCAUGAUGUACCAACUAAGUGUGAAGAAUCAGGUGUAGUGUACAAAAAAAAAUCAGUUACAAAUGUUCAAAAAAAUCAACCAGAACAGUGUCAAGAUUUAACGGUCGAGGAAAUAUUGGCUAAGUUACCACCUAUAGAUCCAAGUUCAAUAGAUUGGAGUGAGUGUGAAAUUGAAUCAACCGAAGAUCAAAAUAGUGCUGAGUAUCCACCUAGACAAGUUACUGCAGAAGAUAUAGAAAGGUUACAUACCCAAUGUAUAGAAGGACUGAAUGGAAACUUCCAACCAAAACUAUCAUCUUUAACUUCGACUUUUAAUGAGAAACCAGAAGUAAAAGAAGAUGUGUCAGAAAUCAAUGGUGUAAACAAUGUGUAUAGCCAACCUAACGAAGAAUUUCGAGAAUGGCAUCAGAUGCUAGCAAGGCCCAGUUACAAUGGCCAGAUCCUCCACAUAUUGCCUUAUGUUAUUAUCGAUUAGUAAUUUUAUUAUCUUAUUCUAUUAUUAUCCUGAAACUUGUGAAGAAUCCCUGCAAAUAUUAAAGAGAUUGAUCAAUGAUCAAUCUAUUAAACCGAUUUCUAUUGCAAUUUAUGAUUGCUCUUUAUUUCUAUAAAUGCUCACGUUAC